AUGGGGGCGUUCUUGAGCUCCGCCGCAAGCAAGGAGCAGCACCAGCAGUGGGAGCACGACGAAGCUCCGCGACCAGAUUCCUCCAAGAAGAUGCGGCUCUCGACCUCUCUCUGCAGCCACGGCCACCCGAGGCUGAUCCCGGGGCUCCCGGAUGAGAUCUCUCUGCAAAUCCUCGCGAGGAUGCCGCGGAUGGGGUACCUCAAGGCCAAGAUGGUCUCCCGGAGCUGGAAGGUGGCGAUAACUGGCGCAGAGCUGUACCGGCUGAGGAAGGAGCUUGGCGUGGCCGAAGAGUGGCUGUACAUACUGAUGAAGACGGCAGAUGAUCAGAAGCUGGUUUGGCAUGCUUUUGAUCCGGUUAGCAACCAAUGGCAGAGGCUGCCACUCAUGCCUGGGAUCAGUCAUAGCAGAGGAGAGUGCAGGAGUGGCCGCGUCUAUGGGUUGGGCUUGGGGGAUCUGGUGAGCGCUGGCAUAAGUAUCUUUGACGUUAUCAGAGGCUGGCUUGGUCAGAGGGAAUUGUUAGGCAGUAUACCAUUCUGUGGCUGUGCCGUCGGCGCUGCUGAUGGCUGCCUCUAUGUUUUGGGUGGGUUCUCUAGAGCUUCCACGAUGAAAUGCGUGUGGAGGUAUGAUCCAUCUGUCAAUUCAUGGCAGGAGGUGAGCCCGAUGAGCACAGGGCGUGCCUUUUGCAAGACUAGCCUGUUGAACAACAAGCUGUAUGUUGUUGGUGAUAUGUUAUUCUCCAAAUCGCAAGCUCUGCCGACGGCCUUAGCUGAUCUACUGAAGCCUAUUGCUACCGGAGUGACCUCAUACAGAGGGAAGCUAUAUGUUUCUCAGAGCUUUUAUUCCUGGCCCUUCGCUGUUGAUGUUAGUGGAGAGAUCUUUGAUCCGGAGACAAAUUCAUGGGAACAAAUGCCUACGAGCAUGGGUGAAGGUUGGCCUGCAAGGCAGGUUGGAACGAAAUUGAGCACUGUUAUAGAUGGCAAUCUGUAUGCCUUGGAGCCAGCAACUUCUUCUAACAGUUCUAAGAUAAAGAUGUACGAUGCUCAAGAGGAUACUUGGAAGGUUGCUAUAAUCUCCGGCUUUUGCUACAAAUGUGUCAAUGAACUGCAGAAAUUAUAUCUGUCAGCAAUGUACAUAUGUGGGUGCAAUCUGGGUAAUUCAGUUUUGUAA